AAGGGGAGAGUGGCGCCGGUAUGGCGGGAGCUCGUUCUCUAUGCGUCGUGGAGUCUGCACCUAGUUUGCGCCCUCGCCGCCCGCCUAACAUUGCUCUUAUAAUUAUAAUUUCCGUCCACAUAAUAACAAUUUAUUAAAUUAACAAAGGAUGAAUAACAAAUUGCAGCCAGUCAUAACUUUACUUAUAUAUUACAGUUUGAUUACUAUUGCAAUCGCCUCAAAUAAAACCAAUUCUGUGGACAACAUCAAAAAGUCUCUUGAAGAGCAUCAAGGCCAUCUGUUAGUGAAUAAAAGUAAAACGAAAAGUGUACCAUUAAAAAUAGCGAAUGUCACGAAAAUUAAUUUUGUACGUCCAAAAUUAAAAAAGAAAACUGAAGUGAAACUUAUCACGCCGGAACAGGUAAAAAAUUGGGCAAAGGAGAUAUCAGAAACACUACACCAAAACGAGAAGCAAUUUGUGCGAAGGGAUAUUCUUUUAAAAAGCUUUUCCGAUAUAAAAAUCGAAGUCCGCAAUGGAACAGCGAUUGUAGAGAAAACGGCCAAUGCGUUGGAAGAAUUAUUAGAACGACGAGGUCAAGCCGCUGAAGCUAUCAUGCGAAAAGCAGAAGAAUUGGCUGCCAACAAAGUACCACCUCCUUCUGAUUACACUUUCACGAGAAGUGAUGACAUAGAUAUUUUAAAAAAAGUGGAAAAACCCGAGACAGUCUUGGAGCUUCCUAUGAAUUGUAGCAGUUUGCACAAAGUGAAGCUCACGAAUAGCGCUCACUUUGAUGCGAAUGUUUCUUUAGAGUACACCAGCGUUCACGUCGCUUUUGAAGUAUUUGAAUGUGAUCCUCGAGUCAUGGAGCAUAUACACUGGACAGAAGGACUAUUUGACACGUUUAGAGAAAAUUACGCAAAAGAUGCAACACUUGAUUUACAAUACAUCUGUAGCGCUAAAGGGUUUUUAAGGCACUACCCUGCGGCUCUUUGGCAGGAUAUGUACAAACUGAAAACAGACGGUGAAACACUGUAUGACUGUAGGCUACGUCCAUGGUAUGUCAGUGCGAGUGGUGCUCCAAAGGACGUACUGAUUCUCUUCGACGAUACAGGCUCCAUGAACUCUUCCAACUUGCUCAUAGCUAAACAAUUCACGCUAGCGUUGCUCAACGCUUUGACUGAUGAUGAUCAAGUUAAUCUUAUACGUUUUAACGUUAUAAUUGAACCUACAGUUACAUGUUUUGAUGAAAAAUUAGUUCCGGCUAACCACGUAAAUUGUGCCGCAAUGAUGUCCUCACUAAAGGAAGAGAGGAGGGUUAAUGAAACAAAGAUGCAAGAUGUAUUAACUUAUGCGGUUCAUUUGCUGAAUAAGCAGCGCUUAGCAAAAGAUACACCGACAUCCUGCCAACAAGCCAUCGUAGUUGUGACGGAUAGUGUUUAUGAAAAUUAUACCGAACUGAUGUACCAACUCGAUCCAUCCGGUAGUAUCAGGGUGUUUGUGAUGUGGCUGCACGAUCGAUUUGGACUGCGUGACAACACUCGGCAGUUGGCGGACUCGCUGACAUGCGCACGUGAUGGGCACUACUCCGAGCUGGUCACAGACUCUGAUGUAACAGAGCAGGUGAUGAGCAUUCUGCGAGUGCUGGAGCGCCCGCUUGUGGCGCAGAGGAAAGAUCGCCUGCGCGUCUACAGCGAUGUGUAUGCUAAUGUCGAGGAUCCAAGAAGAAGCGAGGUCUACUGGCAACAGAAGGAAAAUGCAGAGCAAACAUUUAGGUAUGGAGAGCUGCGACGGAACAAGGAUAAGUUCCUUAAUACCGAGAAAAAGUAUGGCGACUAUUUACACAUGAUACAACUGGAUAAAUACGGCCAGUACUACGAGGGCCAGGAUGUAAAUUACAGACUACAGAUAAGCGUCUCAGUUCCCGUCUUUGAUAGCUCUACAUCAGAAAAUAUAACUAUAACGUUGGAAGAGGAAAAGCAAAGGAAUUCGACAAGGACGUAUCCUGUCAAUAGACUGCUGGGAGUAGCUGGAGUGGAUAUCCCCAUAGAUCAUUUGAAAUUAGUGCUACCCUAUUACCUGCUCGGUGCUGGUGGAUCACUGUCGGUUGUGGAUCACAGAGGCAAUAUCGUUAUACAUGAUAACGCCAAAACUGUGUUCGAUGGGGAUAUUUUGAGACCAGGUUAUCGCACAGUCGACUUCUUGGAUGUGGAGCAACCGGCAGAGGAUCGUAUGCCGAGAGAUUACCCGGAGGAGUGGCUUGAGUUCCGAAAAGAAUUGAUUGUCGACAAACCCAAUGGACAAAGAACAAUAGAAGUUAAGAGCGUCUUCGAAAAUGGGAUGCGUGCAAUAUUAGAGAAAAGGGACUAUUACUGGAAGAGAAUUAUGAAUCACUACACGGUGGUGGUCGCUCUUCCAAAAUACAAUGCAAAACAUGCUGUUCCAGAUGGUAUUUUCACACAGAAGCUGGCUGAAGAAGCGUACAAGACAUUACAUGAAACUGAUUUUUCGGUACAUCCUGAAUGGCUAUACUGCCAGUACGUCGAUCCUCAUUUCAAAGAGAAGAAUGAUGAAAUAAUUCAUUUCAUCCGACGAAGAAGAGACGAACCAAACUUCGCGAUGCGGAAAAUAAAUCACCUCUUUACGCCAAUAACGCCAUCUCUUCUUGAAAAACCUUACCAAUGCAACGAAGAUUUAAUGGCCCGUCUGUGCAAAGAGGUAAUCGCCACCGGUCCAUGGAUGGAGAUUGAUACCAUCCAGGGAGAACAUUCGCUGGGCUCUAUUACGACUUUCUUUGCUAGCGAGAGCGGUCUGAUGCGCUGGGCGGUGCACCGCGCGACGAGCGCGCACGCGGACCCGCCGCAGGGCGGCGCGUGGGCGCGCGGGCCCGCCGAGCCGUGGUUCCGGCGCGCCGCCGCCGCGCCCGGCGCGCUGCUCGUGCACGCGCCCGUCGCGCCCGCCGCGCUGCGCCGGAACAGCUACUUGCCCGCGCCGCCGCUCGGUGAACGAUACAAGUGGCUGACGGCCGCCCGCACUGUUGGACUCACCAACGCAGGCGUAUUUGGCGUUGCCGGCUACCACUUCCAUCCCAAGCACUUGGAGGACUUGCUCAACUCCAUUACUAACUUGCGAAUACUUGAUGAGUGCGAUGAAGAAGACGAAGAUGAUUGUGAAGCGAGAUGCGACGGCAAAGACUGGUCCUGUGUCAUCAUCGACGAAGGAGGUUGGGUCAUUUCCAGCAUUCGAGAGUAUAGUGAGGGAGAUGAGGAAGAGGAGUCACUGAGAGAACAUCUCGCCAAUUUACAUCCCGCAGCGAUGGCAGCGCUGCUCAAUGCUAAUAUUUUCAAAUUGCACUGGGUACAUGACUAUCAAGGUGUUUGUUUUCCACCAAAAAAUGAGAAACUUCUGCCCUCGGGAGCUCCGACGAUAUCCUCACUAUUGCAGUCGGUUUGGUAUUCCGUUAAACUAAUAGCACUGGCUGGUGAACAACUUUUUACUCUUCUUUAUUUGCUAUAUACAAGUAGCUUCGCAAACGGUGACACAGAAGCGGAGAAGGAAAAGCGUCGUAAGCGUCUACGGCGCGACUACGAACGUGAGAAGUACGAACGGCUCUACGACCCGCGCGUGAUCGUCAACCGGACACGCUUUGACGCCUGCGAUCGCUCGCGCGCACUCUACCAACUGCAGCGCACUCCAAAAGCAAUGGAAGCUUUAAGGAGAAGCCCUAGUUUGUGCAACUGGCCACUAGUAGGCGCAGAAGUUCCAAACACCAACCUGCUGCUGCUGGCCAUCUACAACGGAUGUCCACACACGGGUAAACCUGUCAACGAUCCAUAUGUCAAUGAACCGGUGCCGCUGUCGGAGCUGCAGGCGCACGGGUUCCGCCUGCCGCGCACGGCGGCGGCGCGCCUGGCGUGCUGGCGCAACCUCGUGCCGCUGCCGGCGCGCGCGCCUCACACGCGCUGCUUCCCGCAUCAAUACGCUACUGAAGAAGGUUAUCGACAGUGCGGUCCUUGGCUUCCAGACCCUGACGCCGCAAGUCACACUCGGUUGUCGAAUUUAUUAAUUCUAUCGUUAUACUUGGUUAAUUACUUCAUUUUGAUAUAAUGUAAUAUGAAAAUAAUUAAAAAACGAAUGUGUUUAGACCACA